GGCGGCGCUGCAGCGCGGAGCGGUCCGCGGGCAGCGGCGGCUCCUCCCUCUCCUCCUCCCUCCCUCCCUCCCUCCCUCCCUCCGCGCCGGGGUGGGCUCGGCCGCGGCAGCCGGGCUGCGCUGCCCUGCCCCGCCGUGCCCUGCCCGGCCAGCGCCAUGGACUGGCAGGUGCUGACCAGGGAGCUCUCCCUCUACCUGGAGAGCCAAGUCCGCGUAGGGCUCUUCGGCUCCGGCGUGGGCUUGUCCCUGGUGCUGGGCUUCGGCGUCGCCUACGCCUGCUACUACCUCAGCAGCAUCGCCAAGAAACCCCGGCUGGUGGCCAGCAAUGACCGUUUCUGCCGCUUUCUGGAGGAGUAUUGCCCUGUUGUGACAGAAACUUACUAUCCCACAAUUUGGUGCUGGGAAGGUCGGGUGCAGACACUCCUGCGUCCCUUUAUCACCUCUAGACCCCAAGUACAGUACAGGAAUGAGCUUAUUAAAACAGCAGAUGGAGGACAGAUUUCACUGGAUUGGUUUGAUAAUAACGACAGCUUAUAUUAUCCGGAUGCCAGCACAAGACCCACUGUCCUGUUGUUGCCUGGACUAACGGGAACGAGCAAGGAAUCCUACAUUCUUCAUAUGAUCCAUCAAAGUGAAACGUUGGGAUAUAGAUGCGUGGUUUUUAACAAUCGGGGAAUUGCUGGUGAGGAACUUUUGACCCCAAGGACUUACUGUGCAGCUAACACGGAGGACUUGGAGGCCGUUAUCCACCAUGUCCACAGCCUGCACCCCUCGGCUCCGUUCCUGGCAGCCGGCGUUUCUAUGGGAGGGAUGCUUCUUUUAAAUUACCUGGGCAAAACUGGCAGAGACACCCCUUUAAUAGCAGCUGCAAUUUUCUCUGCGGGUUGGAAUGUUUUUGAAUCUGUAGAAUCUCUGGAGAAGCCACUAAACUGGCUUCUUUUCAACUAUUACUUGACUACUUGUCUACAAUCCUCUAUCAGCAGGCAUAGACAAAUGUUGGAGAAAUUAUUUGAUAUGGAUCUUGUGAUGAAGGCUAGAACUGUUAGAGAAUUUGAUAAGCAGUUCACCUCAGUCAUGUUUGGCUACCGUACAAUUGACGAUUACUAUGAAGAUGCCAGCCCGUGUCGCAAGCUGAAGUCGGUAGGAAUUCCAGUGUUGUGUCUAAACUCUGUGGAUGAUGUUUUCUCACCAGGUCACGCGAUACCGGUGGAAACUGCCAAACAAAAUGCGAACGUUGCUUUGGUUCUGACUUCGUGUGGAGGCCAUAUUGGUUUUCUGGAAGGCAUAUGGCCAAGGAAGUGCACUUACAUGGACAGAGUCUUCAAGCAGUUUGUGCAAGCGAUGUUUGAGCAUGGAAACAAAAUCUUCAGCAUGUAGCUUUGGACCAGGAUUACAGCACAAUGGCACAUUCUGACAAGGGCAGUUAAGCUUAAUGCACAGAUUUUAACUCCUGUUAAGCCAGCAAGUGGAUAAAGUCCAUUACUACAUGCAAAAAUAUUUUUUGCCUAAGAUUUUGUAGCAAGAAACUAAAUAUUAUGUUGUCACUUUUGUAUUUAUUUUUAAUAUGCCUUACUAAGAAUGACCUUAAAUGAAACUGCAUUCUGCAUACAUCAAAUUGCACUUAACCAAAACCAUCAAGUAAACAGAAUAUAAUUCCUCAGGAUUCUAAUUUAAACCAGUAUAUAUUUAGGAGACUUAAUUUAGAUGGCUUUUAAUAUAGAAUGGCAAAACUCAAAAUAGCAUAUAUUACCCUGUCACACAUAAGUUGGCCCAUUCUUCAGGGCACUGCUGGUCAAAAAUCUUACAAUACAAAAACAAAAGGAGGAGGGAACACAGAGAAGCACUGCGUCUUCAAUUAAGUCAAAAUUUCAGCAUGUUAUUCCAUAGCACUGGAUUGAUACCUGCUUCUGCUGUUCUAUCCUGAGAGUAGUCAGAUUUAGGGCUAGUUAUUGUUUUUUAAACUAUGUCAAUGCCAUACUUGUCUUACAUGAUUAUUUUUUAAACAGCUAAUUUUAUAGUGUUUACAUAUAACCAAAAUAUUUCUUUAAAACAGUACUGUAAUAACUUAUGUAAUUAAAAGACAUCUUGCAUUUCAAAGUUCAUGUAAAGCUGGGUGUUGCCAUAUAUGUAAUACAUACUUCAUAUAACUGAUAGAAUAAUUAAGUUUAUCUGUUGUGUUUAUUUUACCCUGCAAGCACUUUUCAGUUUUAAAGAAUAAACAUUAGAACAUCAGGAAAUUAUUAUAUAAUCUGCUUUAAAUUAAAAAAAGAAAAUAAAAUAAAAAAUCAGAACCGUUUGUGUCUGCUAUUGUUUCAGAUAAUUUCUAAAAAGAUGUACCAAACUCUUUAAAGAAAGCUGGGAGCUGGGGUGGGUGGUGAACCCAAGUCUCUCUGGUUUGUUAAUUUGAUCCUUUGUCAGCACUUGAGCAAUAGGUUGUCAAAUCAUUGAAGCCUUUGCAAGUGAUUUCUGCCCUAGGACUUACAUGUCUGUGAGUCUGACCAAGGCAUCACUGUUCUCCUCAGCCCUGAAAUGGAGUGAGAGCCAAUGUGAGAUCCUUGAGGAAAAAGGACAGUUGGACAGAAUUUAUUUUGAAACUGCUGGGAAGCCCUAAUUUAGGACAUACCAAAAUUUUUAGAAAGGCUUUUAAGCAGCUUCUGUGGAGCUGCCACCUUGUGCUGAUCACUGAUUUAGGCCCAGCUACACAAGAUAAGGCAGGAAAGAUGCCUUUGCAUUUUUAUUUUUAUCUUUCAAGCAGGGUCAGCACAAGAAAAAAAUGCAGAUAAAAAAGCAAGUCAGGUCUUUUGUCUCAAGCACUACGUGAACAGUCCUCUUGCAAGGCAUGUUUCCUAGUAACAGCAAAGGAAGAACAAAAAUACUUUUUGUCCUUAGAAAAAGAAAUUGGGAUAUGCCAUAUGAAAGCUAGCUUUGUAAGAUGGAAGUUUAAAUAAAAAACUAGUAAAUGCUUUCAAAUUGUGGAUUCUCAGACAAGCAUUGGCUCUUGCCCAAAUAAUAAAAUCUAACUUACUUUUCUCUCAUAAGGAAAAUGAGAAAAGUGACUUGCAAAAGCAAAACAUAAUGUUGUGCAUGUUACUACUGGAAGUCAGCAUAUUAGUAGGGUGCCUUAUUCUCACAUUAAUUUCCAGUUUUAAUGUUCAUACAAAACCAAUAAGCAAUAAACAUUGUAUUAAGCGUUACAUUUUUUUAAUUGUUUGGGUACAGUACUGUUCAACGCUCAGCAUCAAAUAUUAAUAAAUGUAAAACUACUUAAAUUAAAAGCACUCCUUACUGUUUAAAUAAAAGUAACAUGAUUAAUGGCAGAA